AUGUCUGUCGAGGUACUUACCACUAUCUCGCCCACCACAAACGAGCCCAUCAUCACUCGCAAUGGUGUUAGCGCAUCCGAUUUGGAGAGUUUGCCCGAAACUUCUGCUCAGGCUUUUGAGAGUUGGAGGAAGACGUCCUUAGUCGACCGUCAAAUCAUUGUGAGAAAGGCUCUGAAAAUCAUCGGCGACAAGAAGGAUGAGCUCGCCAAUGAGUUGACCGUCCAGAUGGGACGUCCCAUUCGGUACACUGGUGUCGAGAUCACGACAGCUGUCAAGCGUGGCGAGUAUCUAGUCAAGAUCAGUGAAGACACCCUCAAGGACACUCCUGGUGAGCAAGAAAAGGGGUUCAAGAGGUUCAUUCGCAAGGUCCCCGUCGGUCCUGUUCUUGUCAUCUUCGCCUGGAACUAUCCGUACUUGAUUCUUGUCAACUCGAUAAUACCGGCAUUGCUUGCAGGAAACAGCGUCAUCCUGAAGCCUUCUCCCCAAACACCCACGAUUGUAGAGCAAGUAUCCAAGGCCUUCGCUGAGGCUGGGUUGCCCGCUGGCGUUAUGCAGUACUUCCACUGUGGUUCGCCAGUACUAAUGGAAUCAAUCAUCCGCAAUCCCAAGAUUGCUCUGAUUUGUUUCACCGGAUCCGUCGCAGGUGGUCUGGGUGUCCAAAAGGCCGCCUCGGAUCGUAUUGUGAAUGUCGGUCUGGAACUCGGUGGCAAGGACCCUGCUUAUGUUAGAGGUGACGUUGAUAUCGACUGGGCAGCGGAGGAAAUUGUGGAUGGAUCCAUCUUCAAUUCAGGUCAGAGCUGCUGUGCCAUCGAGCGGGUGUAUGUCGAUGAGAAUAUUUAUGAUGAUUUUAUCAAGGCUGCGAAGAAGGUCCUUGAGGGCUACAAGGUUGGCGAUCCACAUGAUAAGGAAACUCAGAUCGGGCCAGUAGUCUCGCAAAGAUCGAAGGAAGCCAUCGAGGCACAUAUCAAGGAUGCCUUAGAGAAGGGAGCCAAGGAUGACACACCGGAGAACGCAACCUUCCAAAACCUGCCUUCAAAGGGCAAUUUCGUUAAGCCUACCCUCCUGACGGGUGUCAACCACACCAUGGCCGUCAUGACAGAAGAGACAUUCGGCCCGGUCAUUUCCGUCAUGAAGGUCAAAACAGAUUCGGAGGCUAUCACGCUCAUGAACUCCAGCGAGUUUGGACUCACUGCUAGCAUUUGGACUAAAGAUACAGAGAAGGGCUACGAACUGGCCCAGGAUGUCGAAGCUGGAACUGUUUUCGUUAACCGAGCUGACUUCCCUAGUCCUGAUCUGGCUUGGACAGGAUGGAAGAACUCGGGCAAGGGCGUGACCCUGAGCAAGUUCGGUUUCGACCAAUUCGUCAAGCUCAAGAGCUAUCAUCUCAAGGACUAUCCUAAAUAA